AUGCCUAUUAUUCACCAGAAGGAUUACCACUUAGGUCGAAUACCGCAAACUUUAUCAUCGGUGAUAGGAUAUUUUAUACUGGAGGAGGCGUUACAACUGAUCUAUUCUACCUUGAACUUGGUCAGGGACCAUUCAAACUUACGGAUCCACCUUUUUACCUUAUAAGAACAGAUAUGCCAGACUUAUACGCAGAGUUUUAUGGAAAUGCUGUAGUAAUUGAUCAAACCGCUUUUAUAUUUAUGACAAAUGAUAAAUAUAAUUUUAUCAAAAUUAGCAUCAGCCCAAAUCCAGUGUCUUAUGCACUAAUAAAACGUAACGAAACACAAAAUUCUAAUCUUUCUCCCGGCCGGGGAAGACCCCGGACUGUAGUGGAUAAAAAUGGAUUGAUAUAUAUGUGGUUUACUCCUAAUAAAUAUUCUA